AUGUCAUGGUUGUUUACAGAAGAAGCGUUCCUCAAGCAACUGCCGUCACGGAAACAACUAACGAUUCAACAAGAUUUGAAGACAAGAGAGAGCAUUUAUGACUUCACCAUCAAGGUCGGACUGACCCUUAAACUCAAUGGGAAGACGAUCCUUGCGGCCACAGUGUACUUGGCAAGGUUCUACAUGCGUGUGACAAUGACCACAUCCAAAUACUUUGUGGUUUGUGCCGCGCUAGCCAUUUCUUGUAAGCUCAACGAUAAUUAUCGACCCCCGGAUAAGAUCGCCAUGACGGCGUGUCAAAUCAAAAAUCCUCACAAGCGGAUCGAUGAGCUGAGUGAUGUUUUUUGGCAUUGGAGAGAUCAGUUGUUGUAUCGAGAGGAAAUUAUGCUCAAGACCCUCAAUUUUGAUUUGAAUUUGGACUUGCCAUACGAAGUGAAAGACGAGUUGUUGGCGCUCCCGGAGUUUACGGGAGAUAAGCCGAAAGUUGAAGAAGAAGGACAAGAGGAUGAUUUAGAGAUUGAUGUAGAUAUUCUUGGGGAUGUAGACCUUGAGGAGGACAAAGUAGAAGAGAUUCUAGAAAAGGAUGGACCGUCAAUCGACGGUAAUUCUCGAAAUGACAGUUCUCAACUUUUUUAUCAAAAUGGAGAAGAACUCUUGAAAAAUGCCGUGGCACUUGUAGAAAUCCUUUCGUCACUCCCAAUCUUGGUGACGUAUGAGACGAGGACCUUUUUAGGUGCUGCGUUGGUGAUGGUGGUGCUGGAGCAACGUCUCGGGGUUAAAACAUUGCCGCACGGGUUCCUAGAAACCCAUCUAGACAAGCCCGAGGAAUGCUACAAAUGCUACAAAUAUAUAUAUAAACUUCUCAAGUUGGGGGAGAGUCCGAACCCGCAACUAGCCAGCAACCGGGCCGCCGCCAAGCGGGUGCCCCACUUGGACCGAGAGAAGUUUUUCGGGAUUGUUAAUAAAUAA